AUGAUGAUUGAUUCAAGCCCACCUCUUCUAAACCAUUAUGGAGAACUCUCACGCCUCCCACCUCAAAUUCCUACACCUGAACGCAAUGACCUCCCAAAUGGUAGGGUUCUCAUGGAGGAAUAUUGCCAACUCCCUUUGAUAGACCUCAGUUUUCUAAAUAGCACCAAUGAAAGGGAGCGGCUAGCUUGUGCUGAGGCUAUAUGCAGAGCUUCGUCGGAGUGGGGAUUCUUCCAAGUAGUUAACCAUGGCAUAAACCCUGAGCUAGUUCGGAAUAUGAGGAGGGAGCAAGUGAAGUUGUUUCAAACACCUUUUGAUAAGAAGGCUACCUGUGGGGUUUUGAACAAUUCUUAUAGAUGGGGAACCCCAACAGCUACUUGUCCAAAGCAAUUCUCUUGGUCUGAAGCUUUCCAUAUUCCUAUCUCAAAAGUUUCUGAGCAAACUUGCUAUGGGGAGUUUAGCUCUUUAAGGGAAGUGAUGAUGGAAUUUGCAGCAGCGAUGUUAAAGCUCGCAAUGUUGCUGGCAGGUGUCCUAGCAGAAAAUUUAGGCCACCCAAGAGGAGUGUUUGAAAACAUUUGUCAAGAAAGCAAUUGCUUUCUUCGGUUGAAUCGCUACCCAGCCUGUCCAAUAUCAGCAGAGAUUUUUGGCUUAGUGCCCCACACUGAUAGCGAUUUUCUGACAGUCCUUUCUCAAGAUGAAGUUGGAGGCCUACAGCUUAUGAAAGAUUCCAGAUGGGUGGCUGUAAAACCGAAUCAAGAUGCUCUUAUCGUCAACAUUGGAGAUCUUUUCCAGGCCUGGAGCAAUGAUGUCUACAAAAGCGUGGAGCAUAAAGUCAUGGCUAAUGGAAAAAUGGAGAGAUACUCAAUCGCCUACUUUCUAUGCCCCUCUUAUGACUCCUUGAUAGGCAGUUGCAGAGAGCCUUCAAUGUACAGAAAAUUCACUUUUGGAGAGUACAGAAGCCAAGUCCAAGACGAUGUCAAGAGAACGGGCCGUAAGAUAGGGCUUCCUAGAUUUCUACUUUAA